AUGUGUUCUCGAUCUCCAAACCCAGAAGCCCAAAAGAAGCAUUUUGUGCUGGUUCAAAGAGCUGGCCAUGGGGCAUGGUGUUGGUACAAGUUGUCAGCUCUGCUCAUCUCUGCAGGUCACCAUGUUACAGCUCUAGACCUAGCAGCAUCUGGAGACAACCCAAAACAGAUAAAUCAAGUCCAUUGCUUCGCGGACUAUGUUGAGCCCUUGAUUGAAUUCAUGGAGUCUCUCCCACCAGAGGAUAGGGUUAUCUUGGUGGGCCAUAGCAUGGGUGGGGCCUCCAUAUCUAUUGCCAUGGAGAGGUUCCCUGAGAAAAUUUCUGCCGCUGUUUUUGCCACCGCUAUGAUGCCUGGCCCUACUAUGAGUUACUUGACCAUAAUUAAGGAG